AUUUAAAAAUACGCAGGGUUAAUUUUGAAUACGUUUUUAUUGGCGCAAUUCUAGAUCUUCUCUAAUUCCCUUUCCUUUGUCUUACAGACGUACAUGACGUAGAGAUCUAUAAGUGUACAAGCCGUUAUUGACGAUAAUGGCGAGGAAUUUAUGUCGUCUACUUGCCGAAGUCCAUUGCCAUUGCGCUGUGAGCCGUUGUGGUUCAUUUGUCUCGCGGCGAGGAGGAACGUGUACCUGUAAGUCACAGUUCUUGGCAGUUCGCCGCUUGAUUACUGUGUUACAGGAAAAGCCGUCCGUCGCCAGUUUCCGCCGGGCUCCCAGCCGUCUAAUCUCCUACACCCAGAGCCCCAAUGAAGGUGAGGGUGGCGCUGCGCUUUGUGUUCACCUGAGACGCCGGUGCUGCCGUGCUGUGGACACACGCGUCCGCGCUCCCGCCGAACGAGGACGGAAACACGACUGUACAAGGUCAGUGGCCGGAGCGAGGCGAGCUAGCACCGGCUAGCCGGGGGAGCCCGAUGUGGGACGUGCUCCCGGCUGCUUAAUUAAAAGAGUCACGUCUGGACUCCAGGUUCGAGAGUUUGGCUGCGAGUGCUUUUAGCUCCGGUCGCGUCCCCUCGCGGUGUUUAGGAUGAAGGCGCUCCCGGUGCUGGUCCUCCUCCUCUGGGUGUGCGCGCUCUACUUCGCGGGCAUCUACCUCUUCGUGAGCGGCUUCCUGCUGGUGAGGCUGGAGGUGAACAGAACCAGCACCUGCGGGGACGUGCUCCAUCCCGCCGAGGAGCCCGUGGACUUCUGCCGCGUCCCGCCGCGGUUCCGCAGGGUCGUCCUGCUCGUCAUCGACGCCCUGAAGUUCGACUUCGCCCGGUUUGACCGCAGCAACACGUCGCCUCGACCCUACGAGAACAAGCUCCCUGUGCUGGAGGAGGCGGCGUCGUCCAGGCCCGCUCACAGCCGCCUGUUCCCGUUCCGAGCCGACCCGCCCACGACCACCAUGCAGCGGAUCAAGGGCUUCACCACCGGCUCCCUGCCCACGUUUGUGGAUGUGGGUAAUAACUUUGCGUCCAGUGCCAUUUUGGAAGACAACCUCAUCCACCAGUUUGGACAGACAGGCAAACGGCUGGUCUUCAUGGGUGAUGACACCUGGGAGAGUCUUUUUCCUAAGAAGUUCCACCGUUCUCUGCCGUUCCCGUCUUUCAACGUCAAGGAUCUGCACACUGUGGACAACGGGAUCCUCCAGCACCUCUACACCACCAUGGUUGGUGACGACUGGGACGUCCUGGUUGCUCAUUUCCUUGGGGUGGAUCACUGCGGCCACAGGUUUGGUCCAGAUCAUGCAGCCAUGGCUGAGAAGCUCACCCAGAUGGAUGGCGUCAUAAGGUCAGUGAUGGAGCGUCUGCAGGAUGACACCCUGUUGGUGGUGAUGGGCGAUCACGGUAUGACAGACACUGGGGAUCACGGUGGGGAAAGCCAGAAGGAGACUGAUGCUGCUGUCUUCCUCUACAGUCCUGCACCGCUGUUUCCUGGACCCCCAUCGCAGAGUGAGCCGGGCGUGGUGCCCCAGACUGACCUGGUGCCUACCCUGGCGCUGCUGUUGGGCGUUCCCAUCCCAUACAGCAGCGUGGGGCAGGUUCUCCUGCCUUUAUUCCCACCUCAUGGGCAGACUGGAGGUGUAGUUGGAGGUCUCAGCCAGCUGGAGGCGCUGUGGAUCAAUGCGAAGCAGGUGAACCGUUUUCUGGAGACUUAUUCCAGCAUGGCCGAAGACAUCCCACCGCAGAGCCUCUCUCAGUUGAGGGCUGAAUUCUCCCGCCUCUCCUCUGAGUAUCUGGCGACAGUCGGAGAGGGUCGAUCGCCCUCCCCCGAGCUGAUGGCCUCCCUGCAGGCGUACCUCACCUCUGUCAGAGACACCUGCCGCGCUACCUGGGCGCAGUUCAACCCACUUAAGAUGGCAGCGGGUUUAUCCAUCCUGACGCUCGCCUGCCUCGUGUGUUUUAUCUCGUCUGAGCUUUCUCACGUGCUCAUCGGGGACAACGGACCCGGAUUCAAGGCCCCCGUUGCCGUAACGCUGCUCGCGGGGCUUUGUGCGGUUGUCGGUCAGCUGAUUGCCCGCGGUUUUACUGAGAUGUCCUGGUGCGUGGCCGCUGCUGCCUUCAGCUCCGAGCUCGUCUUCCUCUGGAGGGCCCGUAGAGCUAGAAUGGCAGGCAUAGCCAAGAACGGAUCCAAAGCUCUGAAGUGUGCUGGCUGGCUGAUGCCACAUCGCCUCCUCACCCCCCCUCUCCUGGUGGCGCUCCUCCGCUGUGCGUCCCUGCUCUCUGACAGCUAUGUGAUUGCUGAAGGCCGGGUGGUCACCUUCCUGGUCUUCUCUCUGGCUCUGUACAUACCUAUUCAUCUCAACUGGGACCACCUGCUUCUACCCCCCAGUCCUGACCCCCUGAAGAGCGCAGGCUUGGUGCCGCCCCCAGCUCUGUCCCCGUCCACUGUGAGGAAAGAAAGCACCACCCUCCUGUCCUGUACAGGCCUCCUCAUCGGCAGCGUCUACCUCUCCCUCUCAUUCCACGGCUGUCGGGAGGAGCAGGGCUCCUGUCAGCCGUCACCCUUCCUCUCUCCCCUGUCCCGUUUGCAGAACAGCCGUCUGAAGAACCUCCAUUACGUCCUCUCCGUCGUCUCCCUGGGAUUUUGUACAUAUCUUCUGAGAAGCUGCCUCCGCCAUUAUGGUAACCUUAACUCCUCAGGUGGGACGGUGUUGGUGGCCCGCUGCAUCCUGCCCCUGCUGUCUGUGUGCCUGGGCCUCCACUGGGCCGUCAGUGCCACAGCAGAGGACAGCUUCAGGAAUCUGACUGAGUUCAUCAGCUUGGCUCAGCUGGCCCUCCCCAGGGCCGCCUUCUGCCUCCUGGGACUCGGCCUGGUCCUGAUCUGGCUGGACCCCCUCACUGUGUUUGUAAAGACUCGGUCCGAAUACUCAUCCAGAACGUCGACCCUGCCCCCACCUCGCUACAGAGCCAGCACGGGCAUCAGCCCCCAAGCUGAGCUCCGCCAUCUCAUCCCUCAGAUCUACCAGCGCAUGCGUCGGUCCUUGGACGAGGGGGAGCUGAGCGCGGGCAGCGAGGUGGAGAGCGGGCCCGCUGUAGAGGCCUAUGGACUUGGAACCGUCUACUCGGCUCCUCUGCUUCUGCUCUGUGGCCUGCUGGGAAUCGGCCUACUGUUGCUGCACCCAGAGGGCAUGGCUCUCUCUUUCUUUCUGCUGCUGCUAGAAAUGGCAGCUCUCCUGCAUAUUCACGCCUCCUCCACCACUCUCAGCAGCCUGCAAGGAACAUUUUCUGGUGGCUAUUAUGUGCCCUGGACAACAGUAGUGCUCUGGUCCCUGGCUGCCACUCAGUUCUUCCAUGCCACCGGUCACCUUCCCACCUUCCCCUCCAUCCAGUGGGGCGCAGCCUUCGUGGGUUUCCCUGAUGGUCACACAGGCACCAUCCUGCCCGCCUCCCUGGUCACCCUUAACACUUUUGCUGCCCACAUCCUGUUUGCCGUGGCCUGCCCCCUGCUGCUCUUCUGGCCCCUGGUACGUGAGGUACGUGGAAGCAGGGGGGGGGAAGCCUUUGGGGAAGAAGGCGAGGACGCUGUGAUGGAGAUGAGACUGAGGGAAAACCCGCAGCAGUUCAGCUCCGCGCUGCUGCAGCUCUCAGCGCGCUACCUCUUUAUUCACGGAGCACAGGUUUUUGCUUCCGUCUGUGCAGCUGCUAUUCUCAGGAGACACCUAAUGGUGUGGAAGGUUUUUGCACCAAAGUUAAUGUUUGAGGCUUCAGGGUUUCUGGUGAGCAGCGUCUUUCUGCUGGUUGGAGUCACAUUCGUGUUGAGGGUGGACGUAGCCGUGGGCCGCUGGUUUAAGAGACUCAUUCCUGAUGCGUCCAGGUAGCAGUGGCACUGGCCGCUGCUGCGUUACCACAGAAAAACACCAGAGCUCACUGUGGCACUGUGGAAACGGACACAAUGGUCACAGUAAAGGGUCUGUACGGUUUGUAUGGUGUCUAGAAAAAGGACGGGUCGCACAAGGCUGCUUCAAAACAUGACUCACACUGAGCAUCUGGACUGUGUGUGUGUGCGUGCGCAUGUGUGUGCGUGCGUGCGCGUGUGUGUGUGCGCGCUUGGAGAGAACAGCACUUUCUGAAUGUUUCUCCUGAACUCCUGUUCUCUUAUGUGCAGUAUGGGUGAAACCUUCCAAAUGAGACCGUCUUGCCAAAUGGUUCAUGGUGCGGCAGUUAAAAAGCUUCACUAAACACAACACUGUUUACACACACAUGCACAAUAUCCUCAAGAGUGAAAUCAGCCGGCAUGUGUGAAAGUAUUUUUGUUUUGAUACUGGUACAUGCCGCAGAGUUUAAUGAAUGAAGCUGGAGGCUGUGUGUCUUACUGCAGAAUCUGAAGUCGAUCUUUCAGCCUCUGGUGCAGUUCUAGUUCAAGUGCAUUACAGCACGUCUGUCAUUUAAGUGUCCGGUGGAGGAAUCGAUCCUUGUUUUGUAUCUUUUUGAAUAUGGAGGUGUUGUGAAAGCCAGUGUUUGUCUGGUUGUUGCCAAUUCAUGUCGUGUACAGUAACUGUGCAGUUAUUGUUUUUCACCGUUUGGGGUUUUUUAAUCUGUCAUAAUGUUUUUUUUAAUUUGUAGGAUUUUGAUUCUCUAAUGCCUAUUUCUAUUUACUUUUUUAAUCAGAAUUUUUUCUAAUCCUGAAUGAACGUUUGUCUUAAUUAGGCCUCCUACACCUUUCUCCUCUCAGAAAAGGUGCCUAGCUUUAACAAAUGCCUUUUUUUGUGUGUGCUGUCACUGAUUUGACUGAGGACCUCCGGAAACACUCAUUAGAUUAAUUUGUUGAAGAAGUCUAAGUAAGUCUGAUGUAGGAUGUGAUACAGUUCUGCAGCUGAAGCUCAUUAGCUAAUGCACAAUGUUGAAGGGAUUUGGAGCUCAGGUUGAAUUAGCUGCAGGGCGAUGGUCCUGCAUUCCUCAGGCUGCUGUAAAGUAACGAGUGACUGGUGAUUUAGAGCUGCUGCUGCUGCUGCUGCUGCAGUAGUGAGGGUUUGACCUGGUUGCGUGUUGACAGGGCACAUUGUGUUUUAAAGUGUUUAAUAUAUAAAUAACAGAUUAAAAAAGUGAUUUGUUGAAAAAACUUAUAAUAAAACUUUUUACGAGA